GACAUUCAUAACUUAUUAUUAAAUUUGUUAAAGAUUUAUUUCUUUUCUUUAACCAUAAACUAAACAUUCUCCUUAAAAAGUACAUAUUUUAAGAAUUUAAGAAAACUAUACUACUUAGAUUGAAUUAGACAUUAGACACGACGCCAAGAGAAGCAUUAUUCAUCCAAGCCAUCACUUCAUGUCCAAUUAUGUAGACAAUAAAACAUCUCUACCCAUCCAAUUUCCACACAUAAAUCAUUUGUGGUACUCUCAAAUUUCCCUACCAAUACCUACCCAUAAGAAUUUUCAUUAACUACCACACAAAAACACCCAUAAAUAUUAGCUUAUAUGUAUAACCUUAUAAUUUAGAUAAAAAUGGAAGAAGGGUUAGAUGGUGAUGAAGUAUUAAGGUCAAUAAGUAGCUUAAGGAUGAAUAUUGGAUCUUCAUCAAGUAGGAGAAGUUGGCCAUCAACAAGUGGUGAUCAUGUCUUUGAGAGGAAUAACAAAAAGGAAGAUGUUGAUGAUGAAGAAGAACUUAAGUGGGCAGCCUUAGAGAGACUUCCUACUUUUGAAAGGCUAAAGAAAAGCAUUGUGAAACAAGUUAUAGAGAGUGGUGGAUUUAGUUAUGAAGAAAUUGAUAUAUCCAAGCUUGGUAUUCAUGAUAAGAAUAAACUUAUGGAUGGUAUACUAAGAACUGUUGAAGAAGAUAAUGAAAAGUUUCUCCUUAAGAUGAAGGAGAGGAUUCAAAGGGUUGAAAUAGAGAUUCCAAAGGUUGAAGUAAGAUUUGAGAAAUUGUGUGUAGAAGGAGAUGCAUUUAAUGGAAGCAGAGCAUUACCAACGCUUGUGAACUCAACCAUGAAUGCAAUACAGGGAGUUCUUGGAUCAAUCAAGCUUCUCCCCUCAAAGAAGAGUGUUAUCAAAAUACUUGAAGAUGUUAGUGGAAUUAUUAGACCCGCAAGACUUACAUUGCUAUUGGGACCUCCCGGAUCAGGAAAAACCACACUGCUGCAGGCACUUGCUGCCAAACUGGACAGAGAUUUAAGGGUAUCAGGAAGAGUGACUUACUGUGGUCAUGAGUUAUCAGAAUUUGUUCCUGAAAGAACAUGUGCUUAUAUUAGUCAACAUAAUCUUCAUCAUGGAGAGAUGACAGUAAAAGAGACACUAGACUUUUCAGGACGAAGCUUGGGAGUAGGAACAAGGCAUGAUCUACUUGUGGAAUUGACAAGGAGAGAAAAACGUUUAGGAAUCAAACCUGAUCCUGAUAUAGAUGCUUUCAUGAAAGCCACUGCAAUGGAAGGUCAAGAAACAAGUCUCAUCACAGAUUAUGUUCUUAAGAUUCUUGGAUUGGAAAUGUGUGCUGAUACUUUGGUGGGAGAUGAGAUGAGACGGGGAAUAUCUGGUGGAGAGAAAAAGCGGUUAACUACUGGUGAGAUGCUGGUAGGACCUGCAAAAGUUUUCUUAAUGGAUGAGAUCUCGACCGGUCUAGAUAGUUCUACAACCUUCCAAAUAGUCAGGUUCUUGAGGCAGCUAGUUCAUAUCAUGGAUGUCACAAUGAUAAUCUCUCUUUUACAACCUGCACCAGAAACAUUUGAUCUUUUUGAUGACAUAAUAUUACUUUCAGAAGGUCAGAUUGUUUACCAAGGUCCACGCAAAAAUGUACUCGAUUUUUUCGAGAGUGUAGGAUUCAAAUGUCCCGAAAGGAAAGGAGUUGCAGAUUUCUUACAAGAGGUUACUUCUAGAAAGGAUCAAGAGCAGUACUGGUUCAUAAGGGACAAACCUUACCAUUAUAUCAGUGUUACCGAGUUUGUAACUCACUUCAAAAGUUAUGGAAUUGGACAACAACUUUCUGAAGAGCUAGAGGUUCCAUAUGACCGCGCGAAAACUCAUCCUGCAGCAUUGGUUAAGGAUAAAUAUGGAAUCACAAAACUAGAACUUUUCAAGGCAUGCUUUGCAAGAGAGUGGCUACUGACAAAGCGAAGCGCUUUUAUAUACAUAUUUAAGACUAGUCAGAUUAUGAUUAUGUCUUUGAUUGCUAUGACAGUGUUUUUAAGAACAGAAAUGAAAUAUGGUCAACUUGAAGAUGGGAGAAAAUUUUAUGGUGCACUAUUCUUCAGUUUGAUUAAUAUAAUGUUCAAUGGAAUGGCUGAGCUUGCAAUGACUAUUUUUAGACUUCCUGUUUUCUUCAAGCAGAGAGAUUUAUUAUUUUAUCCUGCUUGGGCUUUUGCACUUCCAAUAUGGAUCCUUAGGAUCCCUCUCUCUUUCCUUGAGUCAGGAUUAUGGGUUGUUCUUACUUAUUAUACUAUAGGGUUUGCUCCAGCUGCAAGCAGAUUUUUUCGACAGUUUUUAGCAUUCUUCUGCAUUCAUCAGAUGGGUCUAUCUCUAUUCCGAUUCAUUGCUGCUCUUGGAAGAACACAAGUUGUGGCAAAUACACUUGGUACCUUUAUAUUGCUACUUGUUUUCUUACUUGGUGGCUUCAUUAUAGCAAGAGAUGACAUUGAACCUUGGAUGAUAUGGGGAUAUUAUGCUUCUCCUAUGAUGUAUGGUCAGAAUGCUAUUGCCAUCAAUGAGUUCCUAGAUGAGAGAUGGAGUACUCCAAAUUUGGACCCAAGAGUUCCUGAACCUACAGUUGGGAAGGCUCUUCUCAAGGCUAGAAGCAUGUUUACAGAAGAUUAUUGGUACUGGAUUUGUGUUGGUGCUCUCUUAGGAUUUUCACUACUGUUCAACAUUUGUUUUAUUGUCGCCCUAACGUUUUUGAAUCCAUUUGGUGAUUCUAAAUCCAUUGUUCUGGAGGAAGAAAACGAGAAAAAUCCAUUUGAAAACAUUGAAAUGGAAGAAAGAAAUACCUCAGAGCGUCCAAUUCUCAAUGCAACAACCAAGAGGGGAAUGGUGUUACCCUUUAGGCCACUAUCGCUUGCUUUCGAUCACGUGAAUUACUACAUCAAUAUGCCAGCCGAAAUCAAAAAACAAGGAUUUGAAGAGAGUCGGCUCCAAUUACUAAGAGAUGUAAGUGGUGCUUUCAGGCCUGGAGUACUAACAGCAUUAGUAGGUGUAACUGGUGCGGGAAAAACCACACUGAUGGAUGUUCUUGCUGGAAGAAAAACUGGUGGUUAUAUUGAAGGAAGCAUUAGUGUAUCCGGUUAUCCAAAGAACCAAGCAACUUUUGCUCGAAUAAGUGGAUACUGUGAACAGAAUGAUAUCCACUCUCCAAAUCUUACAGUCUAUGAAUCUAUUGUUUUUUCAGCUUGGCUACGUCUCGGUAAGGAGGUCAACGGAGAAACACAGAAGAUGUUUGUUGAGGAAGUUAUGAAACUUGUUGAGCUACAUCCAGUGAGGAAUUUUUUAGUAGGCCUUCCUGGAAUAGAUGGUUUAUCAACAGAACAAAGAAAGAGACUAACCAUUGCUGUAGAAUUGGUUGCCAAUCCUUCUAUCAUCUUUAUGGAUGAGCCUACAUCAGGCCUUGAUGCUAGAGCUGCAGCAAUUGUUAUGCGUACUGUCAGAAAUACGGCGAAUACAGGGAGAACUGUGGUCUGCACAAUUCACCAACCAAGCAUUGAUAUAUUUGAAUCUUUUGAUGAGCUGCUUUUGAUGAAGAGAGGAGGACAAAUAAUAUACAGUGGUCCCCUUGGUCAACAAUCUCAGAAGCUUGUCAGGUACUUUGAGGCUAUUUCAGGGAUUCCUAAAAUCAAAGAUGGAUAUAAUCCUGCCACGUGGAUGUUGGAGAUCAGUUCUCCAACAGUUGAGUCUCAGCUUAGUGUAGAUUUUGCAGAAUUGUAUAUUAAGUCAGAAUUGUAUCAGACGAAUCAAGAACUUAUUAAAGAGCUAAGCACACCAUUACCAGGAACAAAAGAUCUUAAUUUUGCUACUAAACACUCCCGGUCCUUUACUACUCAAUGCAAAGCUUGCUUCUGGAAACAGCAAUGGUCCUACUGGCGGAAUCCCCAAUAUAAUACCAUCCGGUUCUUCUUGUCGGUAUCUGUAGGUGUUAUUUUUGGACUCAUUUUCUGGAAAAAAGGAGAUAAACUACACAAGGAACAAGAUCUUAUGAAUUUAAUGGGAGCUAUGUAUUCAGCUAUUUUAUUUCUUGGAUCCACCAACACUGCCUCAGUUCAACCUGUAGUAGCAGUAGAAAGAACAGUCUUCUACCGUGAAAGAGCAGCCGGAAUGUACUCAGCUCUCCCUUAUACAAUUGCUCAGGUAGCAAUAGAAUGUAUAUACGUUGCAAUCCAAACACUUGCCUAUACCCUUAUCCUUUACUCGAUGAUGGGGUUCCCUUGGCAAGCUGACAAGUUCAUCUGGUUCUACUACUUCAUAUUCAUGUCCUUCGUCUACUUCACACUUUAUGGAAUGAUGACUGUUGCUCUGACUCCAAACCAUCAGAUUGCUGCAAUUGUUAUGUCUUUCUUUCUAGUGUUCUGGAACAUAUUCUCGGGUUUCGUUAUCCCCAAAUCGCAAAUUCCGAUAUGGUGGAGAUGGUAUUAUUGGGCGUGCCCAACUGCUUGGACUGUAUAUGGUCUAGUGACCUCACAGUUGGGUGACAAAGAGACUCUAAUUGAGGUACCUGGAGCUGGAACAAUAUCUGUAAAAUCAUAUCUCAAUGAACAAAUGGGCUUUGAAUAUGACUUCCUUGGAGUUGUUGCUGUGGCUCAUAUUGUUUUUGUUCUUGUGUUUCUUUUUGUAUUUGCUUAUGGCAUCAAAGUCCUUAAUUUCCAGAAGAGGUAAAUAAUACAGAAUUAAAAACAGAAAGAGCUAAUAUAAAUGAAGAACAAAGUAAAGAGGUAUAUUUAAACUUAAAUGCUUCUGUACCAUAAAUAGCUAGUAUAAACAAAUACAACUUUGGCUUUCAAUGCUCUUUCGCUUGUAUUUAUCUAUUGUUCUCCCAAAUUAUCACAUUUGAGAUGAUAA